AUGUCGUCACAAUCAUCUGGUGCUAAAGUAACUCGUCGUUUUGGACAGUUUUCCACCGAUCCAAAAGCCGAUAAAGCAGCUUCACUAUUCGACGCCAUAUUCCCUCGACAAUCACAACAAAGCAGUAGCACAGCUAAUCGUCCAACACGAGUAGAAACGCAGACAAGACGGAGCUCUCCGAAGAAACCUGAAUUGCCGUCCGAAGGUAAAUCAAACAGUCCAUCAAGUACAGCUUUCUCAUCACCGACAUCAACCAUUCCGGAUAUUGCUCCCGAAAAGCAUUUUAUCAUCAAUGCCACAUUUCAGUCCGUUGACAGCGGUAGUGAGGAUGAUGAGAAUGAAUUGCAAGGCUGCAGUCAAUCGUCCUCUGCAUCGUUAAAUCUCUCCAUGGAAAGAACCUCUCUAUCGGAUCCUCACAAUCGAAUCACUGGAAUUGGAAGCAUUCAGAGUAAGAGAGUCGAAGAACAGAAGUUAUCUUCAAACGGUAUCGGUACUCAGAAAAGACGUCAAACAAAAAUCUCGUCAUUGCUUUUGGAAGAGGAAGCGGACGAAGAUGACGAUGGUGGUAGCAACGAUGACGGUACGGAAAGCAGAGUUGCAGAAGAGGAAGCAAUACCACCGCAGGUGAAACGGACCAGAUCCGAUCCUUUGGUGAUUGAGUCGACGAGCGGUUCAGGGAAUAGCCAGUCAAAAAGUUUGUUUCCAAUGGGCGUUAAGAAAGACAAAAGACCUGCAUAUAAGCAUAAAUGGGCUUUCGAAGAUGACGAAGAAGAGGAGGAAAUGAAGGUCACAACGGACAAAACUGACCUACAAAACCGAAAGGUAAUACAAAAUAAGACAACGUUACCAUCAACUCGAUCGCAGAUGAGCGAUUCGAAGGUCAUUCCAAUGAAUGCAAUCAAUUCAGCAGAAUAUGAUAAGACUCUGUCUGGCACGACCACAACGACAUCAUCGACAACAACAUUAACACGAGUGCGAAAUGUGAAGGAAGCUCACGAAUGUUUGGAGUCUGGAGAGCACGAUGAUUACAGACAAGAUAUCGAUUACACGCUCAGUACACUUCUUGAUGCAUCUUCCACAAGCAAUAUCAAGUGUUUGAGUAUGAUCUCUCUCGCGAAGAAAUGUGUCUCAGCAGAAUUUCGACAGUUUUUCCGAACACAAAAUUUCUUUCAUCGAACAAUGAAAGCGAUCAUUGAUUCAGCUAGUUAUCCGAGCGUUGCGAUUAGUGCAUCGGCCGUGGUGUAUUUAAUGGCUCGUGAUAAAAUUUGUUUGUCGUUGGAUGCGACGUCAUUACGUCUGCUGAGUCAAAUGUUGAAAAUGGACGUGCCGAAAGAUAAUAAUGACUACAACAAAUACGCAAAAAUGGUUUGGGAUAUCCUGCAAGAAUGGCUUGAUAAAACACGUGCUGGACUGGAGCACGACGUGCAGUUCGAUUUCACUGAGGCUACUAUUUCGCCAUCUUUACUCGUUCUGGAGUCACUAGUGUAUAUAUGUACACGCAACAACAAUGACCAGAAUCUCAAAAAUGAAAUGCUCAAUUUGGGAGUUUUACAAUGGAUCGUAUCGAAAGUCGAUAAAACAGUGCUGCGUUUAAUCCACGAGAAAUUGGAUGAAGCAAUGACAUUGCAAUGUUUGGUGACGCUUGAACGAUGUUUCUGGAUUUUGGAAACGUGCACGGUAUUCAACAAAAAGAAUCAAGCGUACUUGAUCAGUCAUCGUGGGAGUGUUUUAAUUCAGUCAUGUGGCAGAUUGAUGGCAUAUUGUCAUGAAACGGUGGAUCGAUUGGGCGACAAAGAUAGUGCUCUUGUAAAGGCGAAUAUUACAUGUUUGUGUCGUAUAUCAGGCAUCCUCACGAACCUUUCGCAUGAAAAUGAAUUAUGUAGCACGAAAUUGGGUCAAAUGAACAGCUUCUUACCGUUGUGUAUGUCAACAUUUACGAACUUAGCGCCAAGAUUCGCACCUGACAAUAAACGUUUCGAUUUGGGAGUAUUGAUGAGCAGUUUAUUGGUGAAUCUGGUUGAGCGUUGUAAUUCGAAUCGCAGGAAGGUGAUCGAGUUGAUGGUACCUGUUUAUAACAUUGAGAGUGGAAGUGUUUCUCAGCAACCGUCGCUGAAUGCGCUCACGCAGAUUUUCCUAAUGCACGAAUCGGCCGCAAGAACUGUUGAUGAGGAGUUGGAUCGUGAUCUUAUCCUCGAGGAUGCACCAGAUGAAACCGAUGCUGAAACAGAUAAUAAUUCUGAUGAAGAUGACGGAAGAUUACAUCGAUUGCCAGCCGAACUGACAGAGGAUGAAAUGAUAGCGACAGUACAACGAGCGAUGAAUAAAGCAAGUGCACACAUGGAGGAUUCCGUGUUGGCUUCAUAUACAGCACUGUUGAUCGGGUGUUUGAUGCAACAAAAUGAGGAGAUAGCGGCUGAAGUAAAAGCGCAAAUGCCAGAUGGAAAGUUAACGCCGAUGGUGGAGCAACUGCAACGUUUUCUUGAUUUCAUGAAAAUUUCGAAUAUCCGAAGCUCCGGGAACAGAUCGGUUGAGCGAAUAAUUGAUUUAUUGGAUCACUUGAAUGGUUAG